AUGACUCUCAAUUAUAAUGCUGUACCAUUCGAAAUGAAUCAAUAUCAAACAUAUAUUAAUUCAAAUUAUGGAAAUGGAUAUAAUAAUGGAAUUAUUUUAACAACACCAAAACCCGAUUGGAAUCAAAUGACUUUAUCAAAUUUUGAAAAAAAUUUUUAUAUGGAAUCACCUAUCGUACAAAAUCGAUCUAUGAUGGAUAUUCAACAUUUUUUAACAAACAAUCAAAUAACAAUUGAUGGUAAUGCUCCACGACCAUUAUUUAAUUUUGAUGAAGCUAAUUUUCCUGAACCAGUUAUGGAAACAAUAAUUCAAUGUGGUUUUCAAAAACCAACACUUAUUCAAUCAUGUUCUUGGCCAAUAUUAUUAUCUGGUCUUGAUUUAAUUGGUAUUGCAUUAACUGGUUCAGGAAAAACAUUAGCAUUUAUUUUACCAGCAAUAAUUCAUGCUAGUCAUCAAGAAUUUGUUAAACCAGGUGAUAGUCCAAUUGUUCUUAUUAUGGCACCAACACGUGAAUUAGUACAACAAAUUCAUACAGUUGCUCAUCAAUUUGGACAAUUAGCACAAUGUAGAACAACAGUUAUUUUUGGUGGAGCUUCAAAAGAAUUUCAACGAAAUUCAUUAUUAAGUGGUCUUGAAGUGGUUAUUGGUACACCUGGUCGUUUAUUGGAUUUUAUUGAAGAGGGUAUUUUAAAACUCGAUCGAAUAACUUAUCUUGUUUUAGAUGAAGCUGAUCGUAUGCUUGAUAUGGGUUUUGAACCACAAAUUCGUCAGAUAUGUGAACGUAUACGUUCAGAUCGUCAAACAACUAUGUUUAGUGCAACAUGGCCAAAAGAAGUUCGUAAAUUAGCUAAUAAAUUUUUAUCCACAAAUCGUAUUCAUGUAACAAUUGGAAAUGUAAUCUUAGCAGCAAAUCCAAAUAUUUGUCAGAUAAUUGAAGUUUGUACAGAAUCACAAAAACAAAAUCGAUUUAUAGAAAUACUUCAUGAAAUAAUGAAAUUACAAAAUGGUAAAACACUUGUUUUUUGUCAAACUAAACGACGUGUUAAUGAACUUUAUCUUAUAACUAAACAAAUGGGUUUUCCUGUUCUUUGUAUUCAUGGUGAUAAACAACAAUCACAACGUGAUUUUACUAUGAAUGAAUUUCGUCGACGACAAAAAAUGAUUUUAAUUGCCACAGAUGUUGCUGCUCGUGGUCUUGAUGUUCAAGAUAUUCAAUUUGUUAUCAAUAUUGAUGUAAGAAAUAAAUAA